AGCAAAAUCUGUUUUGUUGAUUAUCAAGCAUGGAGCGUAUUUAAGCGCCGCUCUCGCUGUAGGCACUGCCUCUACGAUGGUGCUGUCUUCCAUCCCGUUCGUUGGAUUUUCACUUCCCUCAUCUCAACCCUUUUACGAAGCUAAUUCCUUAACCUGUUCGCUUUCUCAACGGGUUGACUCGGGCUCGCCGGAGCUCGCCAAAUCCUGCUUCUGCUGCAGAAGACGGCGCUUCCUUCAAUCGGCAUCCAUGGCAACUACUCUCUUCCCGAUUGUCCCCUCAACUGCCGCCGUUCCGCGUUCUAAUUACACGGAUGUUCUUAAUAAGUUUCAUCCGCCCAAGCCUGGUUGGUACGAAGAGUUAUAUGCAUCAGUUCUGAAGAAUGCGACUAAAUCUUAUGAAGCUGAGGUUGCGCGUUACAAGGCAGAAAUAUUCAGCAAUUUGAGGGAAAAGGCGCAUAAAAUUUUGGAGAUUGGAAUUGGUACAGGACCUAAUCUCAGUUACUAUGCUAGUAAUUCUGAUGUUCAGGUUGUUGGCAUUGAUCCAAACCAAAAGAUGGAGAAGUAUGCUCGGUCCUCGGCAGUAUCUGCUGGCUUGCCCCCUUCCAAUUUUGAGUUUAUACAUGCUGUGGGGGAGGUUAUACCAUUAGAUGAUGCUUCUGUGGAUGCAGUGGUUGGAACACUUGUCUUGUGUUCUGUUAAAGAUGUUUCUAUGACCCUUCAAGAAAUCAAGAGGGUGCUGAGGCCAGGGGGGCUGUAUGUAAUUGUGGAACAUGUUGGAGCAAAAGAGGGAACAAUUCUCAGAUUUAUCCAGAGAAUUCUAGAUCCUCUUCAACAGGUACUAGCAGAUGGGUGUCACCUCUGUAGAGACACAGAAAGCCUUAUAUCAGAAGCUGGAUUUUCAAGAGUUGAGCUCAACACAGCAUCUCUGAAAAAGGCUUCAUUUGUAAACCCCCAUAUAUAUGGACUGGCUUACAAGUAAGCAUCAAGUUCUUAAAUAGAUCGGUGCACAGUGUGGUUCAUUGUCUGUCGCAGGUUAGAAAGGAAAUCAGAAUUGACUGUGGAAGUUGGCUUAUGACGUUUUAUUAUUAUCGUGUAGAACUAUGUGACGUGUUUAUAUGUGUGUACAACGAAUAAACGAACAUGACAAGAUAUGAACUGCAUCUGAAUAUAUACUACACUCUAAGCGAGAGUGUGUUGUUUGCAUAUUC